GAGAAAAAAGUUCAUGUAAUUUUUUGCUUUUAGUUUUUUAUUAAGAAGCGCGUAUGAGCAUGGAGAAGCAUAAGGGCAGAGAAAGCUGAACUCCUGGUGAGAAUAACGCCGGAGUUCUGUUUCCAUCGCGGCUUCUAACUUCGCCUCAACGACCCGAAAAUACAAAAAAAAAUCGAGUUAUCGUGCUGUAGAUAUUUCCCGAAGCGAGUAAUACAUUACUUCAACUUCAGCACACUCCCCAAACAUUGCCUGCUCCCCGGAUAACGCUUCAGUGCAUUAUAGAGAGGAGAAAAAUCGAGUGGUGAAGUCUUGAGGAGGGAGCUCCAUGCCGCAGAGGCCCCCCAAGCUCGGCCGCCUCGCUGCCAAGAUCACUCGGGUAUUGCAGGUGUAAAGGCGGUGCAGGUGUUGCACGUGUUGCCAUGGAGGCUGGAGGAGGUCGGGGACGCGGCCGGGGGCGAGGCGUGGCGGCGGGCGAGGACCAUGAAAGGGGAGACUUGCGGCGGCCGCAUGCACCUCCUGAAGGGCCGCCGCCGCCGCAGCCACCGCAGCAACAGCUUGGGGCUCACACGCCACUCCAGACACAGAGCAUCACCGCUGUGGCAGAAUCUCAAGAAGCAAAAGCCAAGAAAACAUUCUUACUCUCGGCUGAUGCCCCAGAAUUUGUUCCACGAACAUUUGUUCAGCCCCCUGCUCAGCAUCAAAUCCAGAUCCCAAAUCCAGCACAGAACAUGCACCACCAUCAUCAGGUGACAAGUCCAGUAGUUCCCCAGCCACAAUUUCACUACACAUGCCACCCAGUUGUUCUACAAGUAAACAACUUGGUUGUACAGCUCACUAUAAAACCUAACAGAUUUGAUCAAAUUGCCCGACAUUUGACAACAAUAUUCACAUGGCAGGUGCAAGAUGCUUUCCUCAUGAAAGAGCUCAUCACUGUAAUAUUUGAGCAGGGUGUGGGUGAGGUGAACUUUAGAUAUAGCGGUGCUAGAUUGUGCCAGCAUCUCUCUAAAAAUGUUACGCAAGCCUACAAUGGGCCGACCUUCAAGAGUGUCUUGCUACAGAGAUGCCAGGAAGAAUUCAACGUGAAAGAUGUUUACUUGCAUUCGGAGCCAGCACGAGUGUGUGGUUUUACGCUAUUCCUCGCAGAGCUUUUCACGCAGCUAAUUUCACCAUCUGACCAAACGCUAGAUAUUCUUCGAGGAGCACUCUGUCAACUUCUCACUACCUUGCUCUCUCAACCAACAGACUCCAAUCUUAAAUGUGUUGCACAGGUUUUAAAGUUCACAGGAAGUAUUAUAGAUGCUAGCAACAGAAAUGAAAUGGACCAGGUAAUGUGCAAUGUGAAGGAUGUUGCCAUGACUGCUCCGGUGAAAGCCUCGACACGUUCUCUUCUGGUGUCUGUCAUAGAAUUAAGAGCUGCUAAUUGGGGUCGUGGGCCACCAUCACCAACACAAUCACCCGUUGGUACACCUGUACAUUCCAAUAUCCCUAUGGGAACAGUCUACUAUGGGCCCGGUGGAGUGAUUCAGAGAGUAGAGGAUGAGCCAGAAGAUUCUGCUAGUGACACAGAUGAUUUUGUUAACUCUGGAUGGUCACCAGCAGUGGAGGAACUGGAAGGAGAUGUGGCUGAGGCAUUUGAAGAGUUUCUUCGACUGCAGCAAUGAGGUUACAUGUCUCUGAGAAGGCUAGAGUGUCCAGUGAAAACAGCCUUAUCCUAUGCCUCGUGAAACUUUAUUAUCAUGGUUGAUAAUAGUCCAUGUUACAUGUGAAAAUCUUGUAUCAAAUUUAGGAAAUACUUGUAACUCAACUUUAAUGUGUAUUGGAAUCUUGUUACUGUACCUGUAGGUUGUUUAAUGCAGUAUAUCACAAAGCUUUUCCUGUGGUUGAGUCAGUAAGCUUAAUACUUGAUAACAAAAAACUCAGUUUGAGUUUUUUCAGUGAGGCCUUUUUUUUUCCUGGUAGACCUCAGCUCCUUUCUUUUAGUUUUCGGUAAUUAUGACAUUAGUCUUGACUUGUUAAGUUUGAGGAACGUUUUAGUUGUUGUAUUUAUCUUUAUGAUUAAUGUGUUUAUAAUGCCUCUGUUAUAUUAACAUCAUAGUUUCACUUUUUGGUGAGUUUAUUAAGCACAUUUUAGCUGCAUUUAGGUUUAAACUUCAGGUUUUUUUAAAUUAAUGUAUCAGAUCAAAUUUUAGGGCAAAUGUGACAUCCUUAGACAUGAAGUUUUCUCCAGAUAUGCAAAUGGCCACGAAGACAAACUUUCCAAGAAAUAAUUUGACCACUUCCAGGUAUUUCUAUUGGAAAAUAAUAUAUCAUCACUUAUUUACUUUAUAUCAAAUUCUGUAGUGUUGUUCUGUAGCCUAUAUUACCUUCAAUAAUUUAUUAUCAUCGUGUAUAUGAACAGUUACACAGAAUUUUGGUAAAUACUCAAGUAAUUUAAAUUUGAUUCUCAUUAACAGUACAUAAUCAUUUAUCGGUACUAAUAAACUUAAAUUUAAUGUUACUCCUGCUCAUUAUCCAUAACUAUUAAGUGGCAGAAUUUGUUGCUCUGUAAAUCAAUUACUGUAGUUACUGCAAGCCUAUUAUAGGAUUUGUUAGAAUUAAAAUCUAUUAGGAGAGUUUGAUAAAGUUUGACGAUGGUUCUGUCUACUAUUAUGAAUCUCCGUAGGGGUUAAUGGCUUGACUUGUUGCUGUGGACCUUUUAUGGGGGCUUUUUAGACUUCUUGUAUGCAGCAAGCAUCUGGUGAAUUUUAUCAACAGCUCAGUUUGUUGCUUCUUACCAUUAUUUUGAAUAUUAACCCGAGCUCUAAUGUAUUAUGGCUUGCUAGCCUCAACUUCUGGUACAAACAUGUCCUGUGGGCUUAUGAUGGAUCAUCUUCUUGUAACUAACAUUUCAUGGUGCAAGAAAUAUUUUUUUUCCUGUU